AUGGCAUCACCAAUUGAUACUUUUAAAAACAAUCUUUUUGAUCAAUUGAAAUCAUAUGGUGAUGCUGUUCAAGAUGCUUUUGAACAACGUAUCGCUCGUCCAUUACUUGCAUUCAAACGUGAUCGUAGUCGACCAUCGUCUGCGGUUCGUACAUUAUCUGAACAAGAACCCGUUGUAAGAUCAGAAAAAACAGCAUGUGUUACACAGCAAGAAUCAGUAUCAUCAUCGUCACCACUUGAAAUUAUUGAUAUUGAAACAAGCACUUCAUUAAAAACAAUAUUAGAUAAAGUUAAAUAUACUUUAUCGCCAUCAACUAAACGACGCACAUCAGAAGACUGUUCAGUUGAUGAUGCAAAAAACCCUACAAGAGAAUGUCGCCAUUCAUCUAUUACUUCUCUAUCAAAUAAAAACCAUCGUAGAAAUAUAUUACGUCAUCAUAAAAGUGUUUCUUUUGCUGACAAUGAUAUUCAAUAUGAUAGUGAUACUGAUAGAAACAAUUCAUAUUCAACAGAUGACCGAAACGAAUUUGCACGUAAUGCUUAUACAUUUGGUCAUCCUAUUGUAAUGGCAAGUAUUGAUGAAAUAGGACCAAAUCAAAUAGAUCCAACGGAUACAUUAUCACCUAUUGAAAAUAAUGAUUCUGAUUUUGAACGUAAUUUUCAUGAAUCAAUACGACCACGACGAAUUUCAAUUGGUAAUAGUCAAGACUUAAUUUAUCAAGAUUUAUCAGCUGAAAUCGUUUCUUAUGUAUUAAAACAUGCAUUACGAAUAUUAGAAAAAGAAGAUGAAGAUUCAUUAUUAGCAGAAAACGAAAAAAUUAUUAAUAAACAUGAACAUAAUGAUGAUUUAAUUGAUUUAAAAUAG